AUGGAGAAAGGCAUCUCUCUCCCGGUGGCCCACACGCCCACGCCGGCCCCGACAUGCAACACCACCCGCUGCAACUCCUUCAAGACCAUUGCCAAAGCGCUUGCUCUCGGUCUUCCCCUCUACGCCCUCUACGUCUGGAACACCAACCAGUCCGUCCUCCCCUCUGCGCUCACCCGCGGCGGCGCAGACGUCAACUUCGCCUCCCAAUGCGUGCAGCCCUCCCCACUCAACCCUAGCAAAAAUGACGCCCUCGACAAAGCCUACGCCUUUCUCUCCACCGACAAAUUUCUCAACGCCUCGGUCGCCCGCCUCUCCGGCGCCGUGCGCGUUAAGUCCGAGUCCUUCGACGACCUCGGCGCCAUUGGCGAAGAUCCCCGCUGGGACGUCUUCUACGACUUCGCCGCCUACCUCAAGAAGACCUUUCCCCUGAUCCACUCAAAGCUGCAAGUCGACAAGGUCAACACCCACGGCCUGCUGUACACGUGGGAAGGAUCCAACAAGGAUCUCAAGCCGACUUUGCUCAUGGCGCACCAAGACACCGUGCCCGUGCCGCCCGAGACAAUCCCAGCCUGGACGCACCCGCCUUGGUCCGGUGAGUUCGACGGGAAGUACAUCUGGGGUCGCGGCGCAGGCGAUUGCAAGAACCAGUUAAUCGCCAUCAUGGAGACCGUCGAGCUGCUGCUCGAAAACGGGUGGGAGCCCAAGCGCACGAUUUUGCUCUCGUUCGGUUUCGAUGAGGAGUGUUCGGGCCGUCAAGGCGCCGCUUCGCUGAGCAAAUUCAUCGAAGACCGGUACGGCAAGGACUCGCUGGCUGUGAUCGUCGACGAAGGCGCCGGGUUCGAAAAGACGUGGGGGACGCUGUUUGCUAAACCGGGAACGGCAGAGAAGGGAUACACGGACGUUUACAUCACCGUGCGCAUGCCCGGCGGACAUUCCUCGAUUCCUUCAGAUCACACCAGCAUUGGCGUUUUGAGUGAAUUGAUUACCAAAAUCGAAGCGGAGCAGUACCGCACCCAUCUUAAGGAAGAAAAUCCGUAUUUCACGCAACUGCAAUGCGGCGCGGCCCAUUCGCCUGAGUUUUCGCACAAGCUGAAGAAGUUGCUUGCCCACCGCCACACCAAGGGGGCCGAAAUCUGCAAGGCAAAACCCGAUUACCUAGCCGUCGAAGCCGCACGCGAGGGUGGUCCUGCAAUCAAGUACCUCAUGCAAACCUCUCAAGCCGUCGACGUCAUCACCGGUGGAAUCAAGACCAACGCCUUGCCAGAACGCGUGCGCGUGACGGUGAAUCACAGAAUCAACAUCGGCGAGACACCGCAGGUUGUCUACGACCGCCUCACGAAACUUGCGGGACACGUCGCCAAGAAACAUAACCUCUCCCUCCACGCCUUCGAGUCCUCUUCCUCUUCUUCUUCCAUUGAGCCCGCAAACUCCAUAAUCCUCACCAAAUCAGACCACGAGUUGCUCGUCGCCCCCGUCUCCCCAUCCUCCCCGCACUCUUCCUCCGGCGGCCACACCCCCUUUUCCGUCCUGGCAGGCACCACCCGCGCGCUGUACGGGGAGGAAGUAAUCGUCACGCCGGGGAUAAUGACUGGUAAUACCGAUACGAGAUAUUACUGGGGCUUGACGAGACAUAUCUUUCGGUGGGGGCCGGGGUAUGAUAGUGAGGAUGAUGAGGCCGGGUUAGGGAGCAUUCAUACUGUGAACGAAAGAGUUAGUGUGCGGGGACAUGUUAAUGGUGUUAAGUGGUUUUGGAUGUUUUUGAGGAAUAUGGAUGAGGUUGAGGUUGAGGUUUGA